UCAUGCGGUAAGUUUAUUCUGGCUGUUCAAGAGGUUCAAGACGAAGCUGUCAAGCUCGUGCGUUUCGAAGCAAAACAAUUGAAAAAUUUUGUCGGCUUCUACGAUAUUCAUCAGCGGGGCGAAACAUUUUACUUCCGAAUUAACUCAGGAUGAUGAAAGAGAAAAUAAAAUUAGAAGAUGAUAAUGGCAAACUGGGGAAUGCGAAAUCACUCUCCCUUAGUAGUGGAGAUCCUUCCGGUCCGAUUGUGCGUAAAGGAUCGUUGAUGUCUUUUCGCACCAAUAAUUUUAUGGAAAUCCCAACUAAAGAUACGUUUGGUCGCUGUCGAUAUGUUUCCGUAUUCCAAAAAUGUAACCGAGUUGGUGAAGGAACGUACGGGAUAGUCUUUCGCGCUAAAGAUACAAAAACCAAUGAGAUAGUGGCGCUCAAAAAAGUACGAAUUGAUCAACAAAUUUUCAAAGAUGGCUUCCCUAUCAGUGGUUUACGUGAGAUUCAAAUUUUGAAAAACUGUAACCAUGACAAUGUGGUUAAGCUGAAGGAAGUCGUGGUGGGCAACAGUUUGGAAAGCAUCUUUUUAGUCAUGGAAUUUUGUGAACAGGACUUGGCUUCAUUGUUGGAUAAUAUGGAAACUCCAUUUUCCGAGUCACAAGUUAAAUGUAUCAUAAUUCAGCUGCUGAAAGGAUUGAAAUAUUUGCACUCCAAUUUCAUGAUUCAUAGAGAUCUCAAAGUGUCCAACUUGCUGCUCACCGACAAAGGUUGUCUUAAGAUCGCAGACUUUGGUUUGGCUCGUUAUAUUAGUGAUUCUGGAAAGGCAAUGACCCCUGGUUUGGUAACACUUUGGUACCGCUCUCCGGAGUUGCUGUUUGGAGCGAAGGAACAGACAACAGCUGUUGAUAUGUGGGCUACUGGAUGCAUUCUAGGUGAAUUGUUGUCUCAUAAGCCGCUUAUGCCUGGUGUCAGUGAAAUAUCUCAAAUUGAACUUAUCAUUGAUCUGCUUGGAACUCCUUCGGAAGCUAUAUGGCCCGAUUUUCCAAAAUUACCUGCCGUGCAGAAUUUUACAUUGAAAGUACAGCCAUACAAUAACCUAAAACCAAAAUUUCCAUGGCUUUCAUCGGCGGGUUUGCGACUGCUCAACUUUCUGUUUAUGUACGAUCCAAGCAAAAGAGCCACUGCUGAAGAGUGCCUUCAAAGCAGUUACUUCAAGGAGGCACCUCUGCCUUGCGAUCCUAAGCUGAUGCCAACAUUUCCACACCAUCGAGACUUGAAGAAUGCUAAGGACACCGCUGAAGCACAACUAACAGCCAACUCUAAAACAGUCAUCGAUCAAACCUCCAUCCCUGCGAUAUCAGACAUACUUGGCUCUCUAGUUAAGAAGCGGAAACUGGAGUAGAUUUAAGUCGACUGUUAAAAUAAAACAUUUAGAAUGUC